GCCGGCCAUGUUUCUUUGCUUCUUCGAAUCCUCUCUUCUCUAGAGUUGCGCAAAACACGACGGUGCACAUGGCAGCAGCUGUAGUGUGACGGACUGUUAUCUGAUUCAGUAUAUUUAUAUACAAGCACUGCUUCAUACGGCUUUCCUUGGUUCGGCGGAGGCAUUGUCUCUUCAUUUAUAUUCAAUCUCUCCCUCCCGUCUAUUCCUGUUGGAUUCACAUUUCUCACCUCCAAGCGUGCCUAGACGUUCUGCACUAACGAAGCAGCUAGAGAUUUGGCUGGCUUGCCUACCACACCAGCAUCCCCAUUGGCUGACGCCCGCUCCGAAUCAGGCCAUUGACCAUGAGCCGAUUUGCCCCGCGUUACUUUGACGAGAAUUCCGUCUCCUCAACACCUCCAGUAGCCAUGUACUGGAACGGAGUCUACUACCCCAACUGGCGCAUCUACCGUGACCAACCGCCGGUAUCUCUCAACUUCGACGUCAUUUCUCACGUGUUCUACGCCUUUGCCUGGGUGAAGUCUGAUGGAACAGUUUAUCUGAGCGAUGAGUGGGCUGACACACAGAUUGAAGUCCCCGGUGCGGGAGAUGUCCCUGCAACCCAAGGGUGUCUCAAUUCCUUUGCAUUGCUGAAGAAGAAGUACACGAAGCUCAGGGUUGUGCUCUCAGUUGGUGGUGGGGGCAAGGGCAGUGAACCUUUUGCGGAAGUAGCUCGCCAUGCGGAUUCUAGGGAGAGGUUCGCCCAGACUGCCCUAGGGUUGGUACAGCAGUUCGGUAUUGACGGCAUUGAUAUUGAUUGGGAACAUCCUUCUGAUCGUCGGCAGGGAGAGGACUUCGUUGCACUGUUAGCUGCUUUGAGAACGCAUCUGCCUGCUCCCCAAUACACCCUGUCCUCGGCUCUGCCUGCCGGCGAGUGGGCCCUCCAGCAUAUCAAUCUGGCUCAUGCUUCCAACUACUUGGAUAUGAUUAACUUGAUGUCGUACGACUUCGCAGGCCCGUGGGUGAAGAAAUGUGGUCACCAUUCUCAGCUGUUCACACCGCAGAUUCCACAUAGCCCUGAAGCGGCCAUUUCAUGCCACUCUGCUGUUUCGUACAUGGUCCGACAAGGCGUCCCUCCAAACAAAAUCGUCAUGGGGGUGCCGGCGUAUGGGCGAUCCUUCACUGGCACGCGUGGGGUGGGGCAUUCGUACUCUGGCCAUGCAGGAGAGGAGGGCACGUUUGAAUAUCGAGACCUCCCCCGGCCCGGGGCCGAGGAAUGUAUAGACGAGAAGGUGGGAGCGGCUUACUGCGUUGGGGGAGACGGGGGUUUCGUUACCUACGAUACCCCGCAAACGGUGAAGAUGAAGGCGAAGUAUGUACGACAGAACGGGCUCGGCGGGCUGUUCUAUUGGACGGGAACAGGGGACGCUAGCGCUCUCACACAGAAGGAUAGGAGUUUGGUGUUUAGUGGAUUCGUGGGUCUGUUUCCUCAAUAAUGAAGCAUUGGACGCAGCUUUCCAGGAUGGGCAUGUUUCUUAGCGUGAAUUUGGCAGGGUGGCAAGGAUUACAAAAAGCUUCGAGUACUACAUCUAGCGGAGUGGGAUAGUAAUUGCCCCUGAUUUUAGGGCACUCCUUGUUUUG